AUGUUGUGGGUUGUAGGGCAGCGGCACAAUAGCAGCGCCUCGGCCCUGGCUACUGACACCACCACACUGAGCGCUGAUAAGACUUACCUUCCGGGACAUGGAACGACUCAGAGCAGCUACAGACACAAAGAGGCAGGAAACAGACUCUUCCGCUCCGUAAACACGCGUCUCUGCUCAACACUCGGGAGCGGUGGCACGCGAGACCGCGACGGGCACCGCUCGGACCCCGACAGUCACCGCACAGACAGGCCGCACACUCUGCAUGCAUGGAGCAACAGCGUCAGGUCACUGCUGCAAAUCGAAAUCAACACAAUGGAUUACCUGGAUGUGCCCUAUUGA